GGGUGUGGGCCGGACUGGCACGUACUGCGUGCUGGACAGCAUGAUGCGACAGAUUAAACACAAGAACACCGUUAACGUGUUCGCCUUCCUCAAGCACAUCAGGCAGCAGCGAAACUACCUGGUGCAGACGGAGGAGCAGUACAUCUUCACACACGACGCACUGCUGGAGUACAUCCAGUGUGGAGAGACGGAGGUGCGCAGCAGCUACAUGACUGCCUACCUGCACAGCAUCAUGCAGGCAGACGAGAAGACGGGCGAAACCAUACUCGGCCAACAGUACCAG